AAUUACACACACCGCUCAGUCGCUUGUUGCCUGUUGCGAAUAGCGCGCGCAAAUUGUUAAAAAAUGGCGCGUAAAUUGCUUUUACGUGAAAUAAAAGAAUUGAAAUCUAUUAGGAAAUUAUCAGUUAGUGCUGUAAGGAAAGAAGUUUUAAUUAAAUCAUCUAUACCAGAUAUAGUUAUUCCUGAAGUGAAUUUUUUGGAUCAACUCUGGGAGAAUUCUCAUCGUUGGGAUGGCGCUCAUGUUGCCCUGAAAUGCGCAGAAACACAGAAAAGCUAUACCUAUGCUGAACUAUGGAAGUACACUUCGAUAUUUGGGACAUCGCUAAGAAAGAAAUUCGGACUUCAGCCUAAUGACGUAGUUGCGGCAAUGUUGCCCAACUGUCCGGAAUAUCCGGUGGCAGCAUUUGGCACACUUAAAGCUGGCGGGGUGAUGACAACUAUGAAUCCAAUUUAUAAAGAAUUUGAAAUAACCCACCAAAUAUCCCUUACAAAUCCAAAAAUCGUGAUAACAAUACCAGAAUGUUACGAAAUAGUUAGACGGGGACUUCAGAAUGCAAAAAAUCAAGCGAAAGUUAUAAUAGUAGAUAGAACAAACAAACCUAUACCAGAAGGAACUAUACGUUUCUCUGAAGUUGCUGAAAACGGAGAAGCUGAUUAUGCUCUUUUGGAUAAAAUUGAGAGGAAAAUGGAUGACGUGGCUUUUAUUCCAUUCUCCAGUGGAACAACAGGAUUGCCCAAGGGCGUAGAAGUGACACACGGUAACCUGGUUGCAGCUAAUCUUAUAAUGCAUCAUGAGAGAGUUGAUGACUCUGUUCUGGCUAAUGGAUCAUUUCAAGAAGUCCUGCCUUGCUUCUUGCCGUUCUUCCACAUUUACGGCUUAGUAAUCAAUUUGAUCGGUCACGUAGCUAAAGGAUGUAAAAUCGUUACAAUGCCUAAAUUCUCUGCAUCAACAUUUUUCAAUAUAUUGAAGAAUGAGAACCCCACGGUCAUGUAUGUGGUGCCGCCUAUAGUUCUUCUGUUGGGAAAGCACCCAGACGUAACAAAAGAUCAUUUAAAGUCUUUAAGACGAAUUAUUUGUGGAGCAGCGCCUCUCUCUGCUACUGACGUGGAAGGUGUUCUUGAAAAGACUGAGGGUAAAUUAGUAUUUGGUCAAGGUUACGGUGCGACUGAGACGUGUUCGCUGGCGUCAACCACGUUCAUAGGCCGGACGGUCCUCGACAAUUCGUCUUGCGGCGAAGUAAUGGCUAACAUUGAGAUGAAGUUUGUGGACCCUGUGACGGGUGAAGACUUGCCGAUUGGUGAUCAAGGUGAGCUGCUAAUUCGAAGCCCAACGGUGAUGAAAGGCUACCACAAGAAUGAAAAGGCCACUAAGGACUCAAUAACUGAAGAUGGUUUCUUUAGAACUGGGGAUUUAGGAUAUUAUAAACCGAAUGUCGGUCUGUACAUCACAGACAGGAUUAAGGAACUUAUAAAGGUUAAAGGCAUGCAAGUGGCGCCAGCUGAACUGGAGAGUUUACUUCGAACACACCCUGCUGUACAAGAUGCGGCUGUUAUUGGCGUACCCCACGAAUACCACGGUGAAGUGCCAAAAGCGUUUAUAAUAAAGAAAUCGGGCCAAGAAACAACCCCUGAACAACUCCAAGACUUCGUAGCGAGUAAAGUAGCCGCGUUUAAGAAAAUAGAGGAAGUUGUAUUUGUUAAUGAUAUUCCUAAAACUAACACUGGUAAGAUAUUGAGAAAGGAUUUAAAGAAAAUGUACGCUUAGUACUUUAUCGUCUUUAGGUUAGUCAAAAAGUUAUCUACUUAUAAAUAAAAAAUAUGAUUAUAA